AUGGCCUUCAGUGGGACACUCAUGCUCGCCCUUGCGGCUGCUGUUUCUGCUCAUGGUGUAGUCACCGAGGUUAAGGGCGCCAAUGGUGUCACUAUGCCAGGCUUGACCAUCCAAGACGGCACCCCUCGCGACUGCUCUAGCAACGGCUGCGGUUCUCAAGCCGAUACUGCCAUCAUCAGGGACAGGGAAAUUGCGAGCGGCAAGGCAGGUCCUCUUGGUCGUACACAGGGUAACGGCAUAGUCGAUGCUGCCGUUAUGGUUGGUGCUUUCAUGGGACAGGGUGCUGCACCCCCUGCGAACAACGGUGCCUCUGGAAGUGUUGGUGUCGAGGACAACAUUCAGCAGCCCGGCCAGAAGCGUCAGUUCCUCGGUGGUCUUCUUGGUGGAGGCGCUGGCGGUGCUGGUGGCGGUGCUGGUGCCACUGGUAUCGCUGGACUGCUUGGCGGGGGUGGUGACAAGGUCAACGGCCCACCAGAGGCACGCGUAGCGGCCGCAGUAGGACAGGGGGCAUCGGGCGGUCUACCCACAUGUGCUGAUGACGGCACCGUCACGAUGACCCUUCGACAGAUCAACCAGGAUGGUGCUGGGCCAUUCACUGCCGAUGUCGACGGUACCUCAGGAGGUACUGACGAGGCCGCUAUGCAGCCUGCUACCGUUACUCAGGACGUUCCUGGCCUCGGUGUUCAAGGUAUCUCUCUCGCCACCAACACCGAGUUCGCGAUGAAAGUGCAGAUGCCGGCAGGCAUGACAUGCGACGCGACUGUCGCUGGUGUCAACAAUGUUUGUGUCAUGCGCGUUCGCAACGGUGCUGCUGCCGGACCCUUUGGUGGAUCUGUUGCUUUCACACAGGGUGCCGCUGCCAGGAAGAGGGCCAUCGCCUACAGGCUCAAGAAGCGCAUGGAGAUUGGUGGCAGGAACUAAGCUGGUUGUUCCAACGAGCUGGGUAGGAAUACUACUUUACCUCAAUGUUAAUAAAGGCCUGACUGGUUCAGUGUCAACGAUGGAUGAUAGAUGAAGAAAUCUGGGUACAUAUGGGUAAUAGAUUCUGUAGAGGAUUACGAAUGAUAACAACGGCUUCCUUGACAAACAAACCCACAAUCGUGACUGAGCCUUGUUCAGCUCAUUUUGCUGCAAGUCGGGACAGAUAGAUUGCUUGAUGAUGCUGCAAUGAGACGCACUAGGGUUUACCGAUUCUUUCCAUUGCAGGAUUAAGCGACUAAGGAAAUCCCAUGUCGUGGUAACCGUUGUCGUUGGUCACGAUUAGUGGAUUUGGG